UAAAAGUCUUAACACAGGUUACAUGACUGAUCAAAAUACUGGCGGAAUAACGACACACCUGUAAACAAAGAUGAGUUUCACGACGAAACUUGGACUCUGUUCCAUUUCACUUUCACUUGUGGUUUGUAUAGUGAAUUGUGCAGGUUUACCAUGGCCAGAUUUCGAGAGUGGAUGGUUGCCUAUUAUAAACGGCCUCGAACAUGUUGCCCGACUUAACAUUAACCAUGGUUUAGGAGAAAUUCCUGUUCUGGUUGAUGUGUCGGUAAAGAUCAAGGAAAAUAUAUUUCCGGCCUCAGGAUUUCGACCUGAUCACCCGAAAGAAAGAUCUGGACCAGUUGUUUAUAUAUAUGAUGACAUGUAUGUCAAUGUAUCAACGUCUCCGGUAGAAGAUCCACUGUACAGAAUAUUUCCUAGAGUACCAUCGCGCUAUAGCGGAGCAAAACCAAAUAUCCUGGGAGAUGCAGUGGUGCGAUUACGAGCUUGGAAACUGUCGUCACUUCCGACAGAGGACUUCAGGCAGUCAGGAAUAAUGUUAAAAGCGAAUACUUCAAAAGUUUCUGAUUCUUACGCUGAAGUGAAUCAUAACCUUGGUGAAAUGCCAUGUCUCGUGGUUGUUCGAAUGAAAAUGCUCCAGGGCGGUCAUGCGCUUAUGGCUGAUGGUGUUGGCUCCUGUAUGCAGGUAUUUGCCGAUGUACCAGACAAAACGAAUGCCUAUCUUGUAUAUGGUUACAGCGAUACCACAUUCAGAUUGUGGGUGGACUCUUCAGUUUAUGGAGCAAUAUUUGACGGCAGAAAACAUACAUGGUUUGAUAUGGUUAUAUCCGAGGGUGAGGCCGAGAUCUACGCAUGGAAAUGUUCAACUGUAACACCCCAAUACAACCAGCGUGUUGUAACAAGAAAUUCUAUGGACCAGCUACCGGAACUGUGGAGUCUGGGUGUUGAUUUUGAUCUCGAGCCCUCGCUUAUUCGUGUUUCGGUUCAAGCAGAAGAGCCCAGCGGCGCCAAUAUGGGUUUCAGGUUUCCUGGUGGAAUGAAUCUCGGGUAUACUGUUCCGCUAGAAACAGGAAAUUCCGUAAAACAUCCGACUGUUGGUGGUCUUUCAUAUACCUACAGGAAGAGAAAUGUUCAUUUUUGGCAGCCGAUGUAUGAUGUCCACGAUAAAUCCACUAUAUUUAUCGCGGAAUCGUUUGGCGGCGGAACAAAUACUGAAAUAUCUAAGAGCGAGUCAGUCUACAUCUAUAGCUGGAUCUACAACAAAAAUGGUGGAUGUCCGGCACCGGUCAUUCCAAACGGAAUUGUAGACAUGCCAGUCAACGGAACGUCAACUGGCGCACGUGCAGAAGUACGUUGUGAGGAGGAAUUUAUGCUUUCACCGGAAGAUACGUUUAACUUUUACGACGAAAAGUUAACAAUAACUUGCAAUAAGUUUGGAUACUGGGAGAAUCUUCCCAGAUGUAUGCCCAAAGAAAAGGAAGUGAACAAUGAGUGUAACCCUGCUGUUGAUAAAUGCCGGGAUAUUCACGCCAUGUGUACACUUGUGCCGGAAAGGGACGUGUAUAAAUGCACGUGCAAUAAUGGAUACAGAUAUGACAAUGGGCGCUGCAAACCACGAGGCAAAUACUUACCAAAACCAGAUUUUGAGAGUGAGUGGGUGCGAAUCCGUAGGGAGGGACCCGAGUGGUACGUAGUACUGGAACAUGGCCUAGACUCGGUGCCGAUGUUAGUCGAUGUACAAGUGGAAAUAAGGGGCCAUAUAUUCCAAGCAUUAGGUUUUCCGCCGGAUCAAGACGAAAACAGUUAUUUCAGUACAGCAGUGGUGUAUAUUUAUGAUGACAGGUACAUUAAUGUAUCUUUAUUCCGGGAUACCGCUGCGGAUAAUCUCAUUUCUAUAAUCCACAACAUGUGGUAUGGUUAUCAAUACGAAUGGUAUGGUUAUGGUUCGGUAAGAGCACGAGCUUGGAAGCUCGAAUCACUUCCAACUCCAGAUUUAUUAGACGACACACGAGUACUCCGUGCAAAUACGUCUACAGCCAGUGACUCUUUUUAUGAACUAGAACACAAUCUAGGAGAAUACCCCGGUCUUGUUGUUGUUCGAGCUAAAAUGGUGUACAACGGAAGUAAUUUCUACGCAAAUGGAGUGGGAUCCGCUCUAAAUGUGUACAACAGACCUAACAUGACAAACGCAUUUCUCGUGUAUGGAUUUAACGACAAGAGCGUGCGCACAUGGGUAGAUUCUUCUAUAAACGGAGCAAUAUUUGACGGCAGGAAACACACGAUAUUUGACAUUGUUGUCACUGAAGCAACCGUUGAAAUUUAUGCUUGGAAACUAUCAACAUUGACCCCAUUUUUGACGUAUAUGUUUUCACUUGAGGACGACAGAAUGCCAGACUAUUUUGAUUUUGCAGUGAACCUGUACCUAAGUAGUGCACUCAACGUAGCUGUGGCACAGGUUAAAGAUCCUACUAGUCAUAAUCAAGGCUUCCGGUUUGUUAGUUCGCCGUACCUUGCCGACAGGAAUAGAACUCGCGAAGAUGAGGACUCAAGGGCUUGUAUAUUUGGGGGCUUCACGUACGGUUAUAACAGGCACUGGACUACCUUUCCAUUUUCGAAAGAUUCAGGCCGGACGAUGAUGUUGUAUAAACCAAAGCACGUCGUUAUACCGCACCAUCACACAGGAGCUUUAGUAUGUAUACCAGAUUCGUUUGGAGGUGGUCAGUAUUCUGACGCUGCUUUCAAUGGAAUUGGAAUUAUAUACAGCUGGAUAAAUGCAGAUUGUGGCACUCCACCUGAAGUAGAGAAUGGAUAUAUAAACACAACAUUGAGUGGGACUGAACUGGGUGCAGUGGCCGUGAUGGAAUGUAAUGAUGGAUACCGGCCUACAUAUAACAUGCCACUAUGUCAACGGGAUUUGGAAUGGGAAGUGCAAACAAAGUGUAUUCCAGUCGAAUGCGACCCGCUUAAAGCCCCUACAAAUGGAACAAUGCAUCUAAGCGGUUUGACUUUUGCCUAUGGAUAUGACGUCACAUUCAAAUGCAACGCUGGUUUUAAAUUGAAAGGUUCUGCCGUUUUAAAGUGUUUGUCUACCAGAAAGUGGUCUGCGAAACCUCCUACUUGUGUCGAAGAUAACACAACUUCUAGAAGUGCAAGAGUACUCGAAAAUGUCACAGGUGUCGUUCUGGCAAUUGCUAUAUACAUUGUUCUUUUUAUUGAAAAGUUAUAACUGUCGUUCAAGAGUAAGGAUCGAUUAUAGAACUUAAUUUGUGGCAGUUCGUGGUAUGAAACAUUCUCAAGCACUGGUUCACCUCACUUGAAUAACACAUAUAUUGUCAUGGUUCGUCUGUUGUAGACGGAAAUGUAAAGACUGUGAUAGACAGUAACAUGUUAUUGUGUUGCAUGUUGGCUUGAAUGUCACGGAAGCUAUUUCCUGGCAUCGGCAUAGGUUACGAUUAUAUUCGAGGUCAAAUUUGUGAUAUUACUUACCUUUAGGGAACGAAACUUACUAUAAUAAAUAAUCCAUUAGAAGAGCCAUUGGAAGCAUAGAACACUAGCAAGCGAAAUAGCAAACUUGGUGUGAUUGAGUCUGUUCAUGAGAAGUAAUGAAAUGUGAAUCACGCCUAUUGAAGCGGAACUAUUAUUUUAUGUCUCUUUUUGUAUGUAGAUGUAUGUAGAUGUAUGUUCACGUGCCAGUUUUAUACUUAAAACUGUUUGCAUCUGAGAGUCAUUCAGAAUAUCAAUAGCUACAGUACUCAUUAUAAUUUUUUUCUCAGAAUUCCAAGAGUAUGAUCAAGAUUUCUUCACUCCUGCUGUAAUUUUGGUUAAAGUGUCCCAACUGUUGUACUUUUAGAAACACUGUUUUCUACAAAAUUCUUAAGCAGCAUUUUGUUGAUUUUGACAGUCAUCCUCUGUUAUGAGAAGUGGGAGGAGGUUUUAGACAAGUAAUUGCUAUGAAUCUGUAUGUUUGUCUGUCUGUCUGUCUAGACCUUUGUAGUAUUUUGUUUCUGCUCAAAUCCUUCAGACUAAGGAUGGAGUUGACAUGAUUUGUACAUCUUAUUGGAAUUUAUAGUUGUAUUACAGUUUAUGACCAGAGAUAUUUGGUUGGUCAUGAACAACUUUUGCUACUUAUCAUUUUGUUAAUUCGCUAGUUACCUAUUUGUCUGUUUAGAGCCAAGAACUAAAGUGACGUCUGCUAUUGAAUUGUUUUACUUGUAUACAACUGAUAUAAAUAAUGAUCAUUCACAUGUUGUGAUUAUUCAUAUGCGAUCACUGCAUUUGUUUCUUUGUAUAAAAAUUAUAUAUUUUGAUUUAUCAUGCAACAUAUAUUCACCAUGCAUAUGUAUGUUUAUCUUUUUUUAUGCGUAAUAAGAACAAAAUAUAUUGUAUCAAUGUCACAAAAAUUUGUUAAUAAUUCAAAACAUAUUUUAUAAUUUUCACAAAAUUUUGUUUAUGGUUCGAAAAUGUGUUUAAAUUUAACAUAUAUUUAACACUUUGACAAUAACUGUUUCGUCGUGACUGUAUUAUGUUCAACUUGAUACUUUAAAAGUCAAAAUAAUUUUUAAAACAAUUUUUGACAAUAUUUUGUGUUUAUUUCUUUUUACAUGUUUUUCAGUCGAAUUCUGAAAUACGACAAUUAACUUUUACACACUUAUUGAAUGGCUUACCGAUCAAUAGUCAACACCAUUUGCCAGAGUUCCGAUGGACAGGUAGCAAAUUCAUAUGACCUGUAAGUCAUCCGAUAAGUGUUUUGUAACAUGACAUCAGGUAUUUUCUCUCUCAGGUUUUAGCAGAGUAACCUUGUGUUGAACUGUAGACUGGUCAAUGGCAUAAACUAUGGACUUGAGAUUUAUAGAAGGAGACAUAUAAAGAACUUGUAGCUAUAGUAAAUACGAUGUAUAUGUUAAUUUCCUGACACUGUUAUUAUAUUAGACGCUCAUAAGAACACAUGCCUAAAAGUGAUUAUUUAAUUAUAUAAUCACAUGAUAUGAUGGUUUUCUAUUAUAUCAUAUUUAUUGUAUCGCCAUAUUUUUAUACAUGCUUUGUUAUUCCUCAUGAUUCUCUGGCCUUCUGGAAGAAAUGAAAUCAAACCUGUAAAACUUGUCAUGAAAAACUUGUCAUGUAAAAACUGUUAUUUCACAGUGGAAUUUUUCAAUUUUAUUAAGAUGAAAAUAUACCUACAUCGUUUUUAAGAUAAACCUAUUAUAAAAUGCAAUUUAGAGAUGAUUGUAUGUUCUACAUGCAUUUAGGUAAAAUACAUUCUUCAAACGUAAACUUUGGAUCAGA